AUGUCCAGAUCAAUUAGGAAUGGAGGGAGUAUUGUUUAUGACAAAGCUGUCCAGGUAUUACAUGGCAAAAAGGAUGAGUUGCAUGAUAUAUUUGAGAGUGCACUCAAGUCCAGUGAUUUGAAGGGUCUGCAUGCUGAAUGCCUUACGGAUAUGUGGAUUGGCAGAGACAGAUUUGCUUUCAUUGAUCUGAGUGCAGGGCCAUUUGCCUGGGGCCCUGCUGUUGGUGGGGACGGUGUUCGUACUGAACUUAGUCUACCCAAUGUUGCAAAGACUAUUGGGGCUGUUGCAGAAGUUACAGAAGAAGAGGCUGAAGCUAAAUUACAAGAUACAAUAGAGAGAUUCUCAUCUUUUGGCGAGAAUUACCAUGCAGUAGAUAUCCUAUUGGCAGAGAUUGAUGUAUACGAACUUUUUGCCUUCAAGCAUUGUGUUGGAAGAAGGGUACAGCUUGCCCUUUGCAAAGAACUUGAUGAGAGAAGGCAUGAUCUGAAAAGUGAACUGGAGGGUUACAAUACUGGAGAUUCGGAUGAUAUUAAUAAGAAGAAAGCUCUUGAUGCAUUGAAUAGGAUGGAAAAGUGGAACUUAUUUAAAGAUGUUCCAGAGGAACAUCAUAGUUACACUGUGGCUCGUGAUUCAUUCCUCGCACACCUUGGUUCCGUGUUAUGGGGCUCUAUGAGGCAUGUAAUUGCUCCUUCUGUUUCUCAUAGGGCUCACCAUUACUAUGAUAAGUUGUUGUUUCAGUUGUACUUUGUGACACAAGAGAAAGUCAGGAACAUAAAGCAGUUGCCUGUUAAUGUAAAAUCAGUCACAGAGGGCCUUAGUUCUGUGCUACUACAAUUCCAGAAGCCAAUGUUCAGUCAACACAUGUUGUCGUUAUCAGAGGAUCCAGCCUUGAUUAUGGCAUUUGCAAUGGCGCGUCGUGCAGCUGCAGUCCCACUUCUGUUGGUUAAUGGUUUCUCUAAGUCAACAGUCCAUACAUAUCUUGAUUCUGCCAUUCUCCAACAUCAGCUACAGAGGUUAAGCGAGCACAACUUGCUCAAAGGUAUGCACAUUUUAGUUGCCUGGGAGAGGCUCAAUUAGCCAGUCAUCUUAGUUGCCUGGGAGAUUUGGAAACAUAGAAAUGAUUGUGUUUUCCAUGGAGCUACCCCUAGCGUGUUUGUGGUAAUCCAAGCUAUAGUUAACGAGGGUGCAGUUUGGUGCUGGGCAGGAGAUUCAAAGCUCCCAGAGCUGUUUGCUAGCCUGUACCUUUAGAGGUCGAAGUUCGUGUUUAGUGUUGUGUGUGCGUGUGGUUUUUUUUUUCUUUCGUUUUGUAAGACCUUGGUGGGUGGGUGCUGGGGUUGGCUAAUUCCUGCACCUCUCGCCUCUUUCUUUUUUUUUCCUGCUUGAUGAAACGAUGCGCAGAUAUCAUGCGUAUUCGUAAAAAAUGGUAUGCACAUUUUCUUUGCUUUUCAUGAUAUAGGACAAGUUCUGCAUA